AUGAAUGCAAGAAGAGAUGUCGGGAUUAAGAUUGCUAGUGUUUGGCUAGUCGAUUUUUCUCAUCCACGUUCAAAACGUCGUCAUACUGCGCACCAAGCCUAUAACCCAGACAAUGAAGGUUUAUUUUCAGGUAAUUCUCACAUGACUCAAAAAUAUUACCAGUUUAAUAUGGAUUUAGUUGAUUUAUCACAAUUACAAAAAUCAACGGCGCAUUCUAUACCCACUUAUCCUCAAGUAUGCUCAAACAAACUUACUCGGGCUGGAAAGUAUACUAUUGGUAGAAAUUUCAUCAAAAGACAUACAACCAACGUUCUUGACUUAAAUGAUUCUCAUUUAGAAAAUAAUAUUGAUAUAGAUAAGUAUGAUGAAAAAAUUACAAGAACAGAUGGUGAAGUGUAUUUUGAUGUUGGAGAUCCUGACUUUGAAUGUGAGUAUUGUUUGGCCUUUAUGUGGGCAAACGAAAGAGCGCGGAAGGAUGGAUCAAUGAAAAAUGCAAAGUUUUCAUUAUGCUGUAUGAAAGGCAAAGUUCAAAUUCCUACACUUAAAAAUCCACCGAGAUUUUUGGAAGAUUUAUUGAGCAGGAAAGAUUCUAGGAGUAGAUAUUUUGUUGAAAAUAUACGUGCGUUCAACAUGAUGUUUGCAUUUACAUCAAUGGGAGGUCGAGUAGAUAAUACUGUUAACAAAGGUCGAGGACCAUAUUGUUUUAGACUAGGAGGUCAAAAUUACCAUAGAAUUGGUAGUUUGUUGCCAACAGAAGGAAAUACAGCAAAUUCUGAAACUACGAAGGAAUUUGAUGAUGUUUUGUUGGAAAAAUUAAAACAAAUGAUUGAUGAAUUUAACCCGUAUGCUAAGGUAUACAGAAUGGCAAGAGACAGAAUUGACUUGAAUAAUGAGGUUAACAUUCAAUUAAAGUUGAUUGGGAAAAGAGCUACAGAUGGUAGGACAUAUAAUAUGCCAUCUGCAUCUGAAGUAGCUGCCCUUAUUGUAGGAGAUAUUGGUAGUUCGUGUGAAGAGAGAGACAUAAUUAUUGAGAAUCGAAGUGGAUUAUUGAAGCGUAUUAGUGAGUUGCACCCCUCAUAUCUAGCUUUACAAUAUCCUUUAAUUUUUGUAUAUGGAGAAGAUGGGUAUAGAAUUGGUAUAAAUCAUAGAGGAUUGGAGUCUUACUCUUCAUCGAAUUCUAAUCAAAGGAUCAAAUUAACCAUGCGUGAAUGGUUUGCCUAUAGACUGAUGGAUAGGGAAAAUGAAGCAGAUACAAUUUUACGAUCUGGAAAAUUAUUUCAACAGUUUAUCGUUGAUGGGUGGACAAUGAUUGAAUCAGAAAGGCUAUUUUUUGUCCGUAAAAAUCAAACGCUAUUAAGGGCUGAAAAUUAUAAUAGCCUGCUUGAUUCAAAUUCUAAUGGUAUUCCAGAUUUAUCUAAUACUGGUCGUCGUGUUGUGUUGCCAUCUACAUUCCAUGGAGGUGAUCGUUUUAUGACUGAACUAUAUCAUGAUGCUAUGGGAAUUUGCAAGACAUAUGGAUAUCCGGACCUGUUCAUUACAUUCACGUGUAAUUCCAAAUGGCCUGAAAUAUCUAGAUUCGUUAAGAAGAGGAAUUUGCGUCCUGAAGAUAGACCAGAUAUACUUUGUCGAGUAUUCAAGCUUAAAUUGGACCAGUUGUUGAAAGAUAUUACAAAAGGAAGUUUGUUUGGCAAAGCCAAUGCAGUUGUCUAUAGUGUUGAAUUUCAAAAAAGAGGACUACCACAUGCACACAUUGUAUUAUUUCUACAUCGAGACGAUAAAAUUCCAAGAAUAGAAGAUGUAGACAACAUAAUAUCUGCAGAGAUUCCAGAUAAAAAUCUUUUUCCCAUUUUGUACGAGAAUGUAAAAGACUUUAUGAUACAUGGUCCUUGUGGUACCUUAAAUUUAAAUUCACCGUGUAUGAGAGAUAGAAGUUGUAGUAAAAGAUAUCCAAAACAAUUCAACAAUACUACAGUACUAAGUGAUGAAGGAUAUCCUGUGUACAGGAGAAGGGAUACGGGGGCUACUGUGGACAAAAACAAUGUGUCGAUUGAUAAUCGUUUUGUUGUUCCUUAUAACCCUACGUUACUUUUGAAAUAUCAGGCACACAUAAAUGUAGAGUGGUGCAAUCAGUCUCGGGCAAUCAAAUAUUUAUUCAAGUACAUUAAUAAGGGUAAUGAUAGAGUAACAGCAGGAUUAGUUAGGAAACGAAAUGAGAAUGCCGAUGAUAAUACUAUCGACGAGAUCAAAGAAUAUUAUGAUUGUCGUUAUGUUUCGGCUUGUGAGGCUAUUUGGAGAAUUUUUGCCUUCGAGAUUCACUAUAGGCUUCCUUCUGUUGAGAGACUGAAUUUUCACCUACCAGGAGAACAAACUGUUGUGUUCAAUGAAAAUGAAACUAUUGAAAAUGUCUUGAAUAAACCUUUGGUUGAUAAGUCAAUGUUUUUGGCUUGGAUGGAAGUUAAGGGCCCAACAAGUUUUGAAGAUAUUCGUACCAUAAAUGGUGUUCUCUACCCUACAUUUAAAGAUGCUUGCUAUGCAAUGGGUUUGUUAGAUGAUGAUAAAGAAUAUAUUGAUGGUAUAUUAGAGGCAAGUUUUUGGGGAUCUGCACACUACUUAAGAAAAUUAUUUGCCAUUUUGCUUAUGUCUAAUAGUAUAUCCAGACCUGAAUUUGUAUGGAACAGUACAUGGCAUGUGCUUUCAGAAGAUGUACUAUAUAGGCAACGCAUGAUACUUCGAUUUCCCGAUUUGAAGCUUAGUGAUGAACAAUUGAAAUACUAUGCAUUAGUUGAUAUUGAGAAGAUUCUGCAGAAUAAUGGUUGUUCACUACGCAAUUAUAGCAAUGAGCUACUUCCAGAUGAAUUAAUAAUUCAGGAUAGUUUUAAUAGACUCAUAGCUGAUGAGUUAAGUUAUGAUAGAGAAGCACUACGCAUAGAGCAUGAGCAGUUAUUUCAAUGUUUGACUGCUGAACAACGGAUCAUAUAUGAUGAUAUUAUGCAGGCUAUGAAUGAUAAUAAAGGUGGUGUUUUUUUCCUUUAUGGGCAUGGCGGAACUGGUAAAACAUUUAUGUGGAGAACUUUGUGUGCAGCUAUUCGAUCAAAAGGGGAUAUUGUCCUUCCUGUUGCUUCAAGUGGUAUUGCUUCUCUAUUACUACCAGGAGGAAGAACUGCACAUUCAAGAUUUGGAAUUCCUUUGAUUGCCACUCCUGAUUCUAUGUGUAGAGGUAUUACUCCGGGUAGCGAUUUAACCUCUUUGCUGAAUAAGACUAAGCUCAUCAUUUGGGACGAAGCCCCUAUGACGAACAAAUAUUGUUUUGAAGCUUUAGACAGGAGUAUGCGAGACGCUUUACGAGAUUCAAAUGGUAUUGCUUCGGACUCUCCAUUUGCUGGUAAGGUAGUUGUUUUUGGAGGUGAUUUUAGGCAGGUAUUACCAGUUUUUCCAAAAGGAACACGACAAGAUAUAGUUUUUGCAUCAUUAAACUCUUCUUACAUUUGGCAUUCGUGUAAGGUUUUAAGGCUUACAAAGAAUAUGAGGUUGCAAACUCAGUCUGUUGAUGAUAAUGAUUUAAAGGAUUUCGCUGAUUGGAUUUUAAAGAUUGGUGAUGGCAUACUAGGAGAACCUAAUGAUGGAGAAGCCAUUAUUGAUAUUCCUGAUCAAUUUCUCAUUAAGGAUGUUGUAGAUCCUAUUGGUGCCGAAAAGGUUUACUUAAGUUCUGAUUCUAUAAGUAAAGCAGAUGGAUGUUUUGAGUCUAAUGCCGAUGCUUUUUCUGUAGAGUACUUAAACAGUAUUAAGUGCUCUGGCCUUCCGAAUCAUGAGCUGAAAUUGAAGGUUGGUGCUCCUGUUAUGAUGCUUAGAAACAUUGAUCAAUCAGCUGGAUUGUGUAAUGGCACACGAUUGGUAGUCAACCAGCUUGGAGAUCACAUUGUCGAGGCAACUAUUCUUACGGGAUGCAAUAAAGGAGAAAAGGUUUUCAUACCAAGAAUAACAUUGACUCCAACAGAUACCACACAGCUCCCAAUUAGACUUCAAAGAAGACAAUUUCCUUUGAUGCUUUGUUUUGCGAUGACUAUUAAUAAAAGUCAAGGACAAUCAUUGAGUCAUGUUGGAUUGUUUUUGCCUAAACCUGUAUUCAGUCAUGGACAACUUUAUGUUGCCGUAUCAAGAGUGAGAAGUAAGAAAGGACUUAAAAUUCUUAUUGUUGACAAAGAUAAUCAAACAACUACAUCGUCGUCGUCUACUGACAAUGUGAUAUAUAAAGAAGUAUUUCAAAACUUAUGA